UGCGAUACCUUCUCGUCGCCUGCCGCUUCCUUGAGUUCCUCGCCCUAUACGUGUGCGAAAGAACGCUCCUUUUAUCUGCAAGGUUAAAUGUAUUGCGAAAUUUCACGGACGAGAAUAGAACGAUAAGAUUGUAUUGUUAUCAGUCGCAGUGAUUCAGUUUCCCGUUCACACGCGCUGGCUGAGAAAUUCAGCAGGAGGAUACAGUCGACGAUAUUUACGUUUAUUUGACAUACCAGACAGCUGGCACAAUUAUUCCAAUUCGGAUAAAUAUUGAUAUCAUAAAGAUGUCUGAUCAGUUUGGGCCAAUUACUUUGAAAUGGGAUCCCAAAAACUUGGAAAUACGGACUAUGUCUGUAGAGAAAACGUUAGAGCCACUUGUACUUCAAGUUACCACGUUAGUGAAUACAAAAGGUCCCAGCAAGAAGAAGAAAGGAAAAUCGAAGAGGGCUAGCGCGCUUGUCGGAACUGUAGAAAAGGCAACUACCAAUUUUAUUGAAAAAGGUGAAAAGAUCGCUUAUGAAAAUCCAGACAUUACAGCAGAAAUGUUAAGCGCUGUGGAAGAAGUCAGGAAAACAGGUGCAGCAAUGAGCAUUGCUGCUAGGGAAUUUUCUGAGGAUCCAUGUUCGUCGUUGAAACGUGGUAAUAUGGUGCGCGCCGCAAGGAAUUUAUUGUCAGCGGUGACACGUUUGCUUAUUCUAGCAGACAUGGUGGACGUUCAUUUGCUCUUGAAAUCGUUGUAUGUGGUAGAGGAUGAUCUGAAAAAGUUGAAGAACGCCUCCUCGCAGGGUGAAUUAAUUCAGAAUAUCAAGGAAUUUGGCAGAAAUGCCGCUGAAUUGAUCCAUCAAGCAGCCAAACGUCAGCAUGAGUUGAAGGAUCCGCAGCUGAGAGACGAUUUGGCGGCUGCUCGAGCCGUUCUAAAGAAACAUUCCACCAUGCUGCUCACUGCGUCGAAGGUAUUCGUGCAGCAUCCUGAUCUUGCGGCGGCUAAGGCGAAUCGUGAUUACGUGUUGAAGCAGGUGUGCGAAGCCGUAAAUACAAUAAACGACGUUGCUCAAGGGAAAACUCCGCCGGACAGUCAGCAUCCUUAUGAAGGUCCAGGCGAGUUGGCCGCCGCGUUGGAUGACUUUGACGAGAGGAUGGUGAUGUCUCCGCUCGCGUACAACGAGGUCCGUACACGACCGAGUCUUGAGGAGAGAUUGGAAAGUAUUAUCAGCGGAGCCGCAUUGAUGGCAGAUUCAUCGUGCACUAGGGACGAACGUAGAGAGCGCAUUGUUGCUGAGUGUAACGCGGUCAGACAAGCACUUCAGGAUCUCCUGAGUGAAUACAUGAACAACUUACAGCGUGCUCGGGGUGGGAAACGGAUGGGCGUCAAGGAACAAUCUGAAGGCUUAGAAAGAGCAAUAGAUCACAUGUGCAGAAAGACCCGUGAUCUUCGCAGACAAUUGCGCAAAGCUGUGGUGGAUCACGUAUCGGAUAGUUUUCUGGAAACAAGCGCGCCGUUACAGGCUUUGUAUGAAGCAGCGGAAAAAGGUUGGAUCAAGGAAGUGGAAGAGUAUGCGCUUAUUUUCACUGAACAUGCGAAUAAACUGGUGGAGGUUGCGAAUCUGGUAUGCAGUAUGUCCAACAACGAAGAUGGCGUAAAGAUGGUGCGUUACGCUGCGGCGCAGAUAGAGAAUCUGUGUCCACAGGUGAUCAAUGCUGCGCGUGUGUGGGCUGCGCGAAACACCGAUGUCGCGAAGGAAAAUAUGAAAGUAUUCCGUCAGGCAUGGGAGACUCAGAUGCGUGUAUUAACGGAGGCCGUAGACGAUAUCACUACUAUCGACGAUUUUCUGGCGGUUUCCGAGAAUCAUAUCCUGGACGACGUCAACAAGUGCGUCUUGGCGUUGCAAGUGCGUCCAGGUGACGCAGAUACUCUAGACAGACAUGCAGGUGCAAUACUCGGCCGUUCCGCCAGAGUGUGCAACGUCGUGCAAGCUGAGAUGGACAACUACGAGCCAUGCAUUUAUACGAAGCGAGUUCUUGAGGCGGUGAAGGUUCUCAGAAAACAAGUAAUGCCCAACUUUGAGCAACGAGUUGAGGAGGCGGUGAAUGCUCUACGUAGCAAUCCAGCGCAAGAAGUAGACGAGAAUGAUUUCAUCGACGCAUCUAGACUGGUAUAUGACGGAGUUCGCGAGAUCAGGCGCGCUGUGCUCAUGAACAGGGCGGACGAGGAUUUGGAUCCUGAAGAUGUGGAACUGGACGAGCAUUACACGCUGGAGACACGUAGCAAGUCUAGCGCUCAGACCGGGGAGCAUGGUGUGGACGAGUAUCCAGAGAUCAGUGGCAUCACGACUGCUCGUGAGGCAAUGAGAAAGAUGCCAGAAGAGGAUAAGCAAAAGAUCUUGCAGCAGGUCGAAUAUUUCAAGAGCGAGAAACUCAAGUUCGAUAAAGAGGUGGCGAAAUGGGAUGAUGCCGGCAAUGACAUCAUCGUUCUCGCUAAGCACAUGUGCAUGAUUAUGAUGGAGAUGACGGACUUUACUCGUGGUCGAGGUCCCCUGAAGACGACCAUGGACGUCAUAAAUGCGGCGAAGAAAAUCUCCGAAGCUGGCACGAAACUGGACAAGCUGACUAGACAGAUUGCCGAUCAGUGCCCGGAAAGUUCCACAAAGAAGGAUCUCUUAGCAUAUUUGCAACGCAUAGCGCUCUAUUGCCAUCAGAUGAAUAUUACCAGUAAGGUGAAGGCAGAUGUGCAGAAUAUCAGCGGCGAAUUGAUCGUCUCCGGCCUAGAUAGCGCAACCUCUCUCAUACAGGCUGCCAAAAACUUGAUGAACGCUGUUGUGCUUACGGUGAAGGCUUCUUAUGUUGCGUCUACAAAAUAUCCACGACAAUCCACGGUUACAUAUUCUCCUAUUGUCAUAUGGAAGAUGAAGGCUCCGGAGAAGAAACCGUUGGUACGUCCCGAAAGACCCGAAGAGGUGAGAGCGAAAGUGCGCAAAGGUUCACAAAAGAAGGUACAGAAUCCUAUACAUGCACUUUCGGAAUUUCAAAGUCCUACCGAGAGCGUAUAAGCUCUGCCAAUGUAAGUAAAUGGAAAGUAAUGUAUUUAUAUAUAUAUAUAUAUAUAUAUAUAUGUGUGUGUACAUAUAUAUAUACACACAUACAGCAUCACCUUUCAAGAGUAGAAGGCCAAGAUAUUUUAUUUUCGAUGAAGUUUAAAAUAUAAAUGAUAUAGAAUGUUGUCGAUCAUUCCGUGGUACGUUAUGCAUGAAUAUACAAUUUAAGUAUGUUAAUUAUUAGUUUUUAAUUGAAAACAAUCGUAAUAAAAGCGAAUAAUACAUAAUCCCAAGAAAUAAGCAAUGCAACGUUGAGAAGCCGCUUUAGCGGCUGAGGAAAAUUACAGUAGUACGAAUUAAGAAAGGCUGAGAUACAUAUACACAAUCAUCAUAUUCAAUCUUACAGGGCACAAUUAAAGAUAAUAAGAAUUUUGUGUUAUAAAUCAUAUUUGUUUGCGAGUCCGUACAGUAUGAUUGUAUUUAAAAGUUUUAACUUCUACAAUGAAAAAUCUUUAUAUUAUCUAUUCAAUUUUCUAGCUGUAAGAGUGACAUAUAUUUCAGGCGACAACUUACAAGAAUCCUAAUACUUCCUGCAUACUAACUUAUUUUUCGACAAUAAAAAUAUAUCUCUUAUUGGUUUAUAUUAUUUUAUACAACUAUAUAUUGGUCAUUUUUAUUCGAUGUAUAUUAUUUAGAUUUUUUAAAAUCAAUACUUUGACGUAAUAGCAUUUAGAUUAGAAAUUUAUUUUUGUAAAUUUUUCUUUUUAUAAAAAAUUCUAUUAUCUUUAUCUUUUUGUAAAAAAUUGAGUUUAUACGAGAGAUCAAUGAAACUCAUGGAUUGACACAGUAUUGUAUCGAAAUAAAGAGACUGCAGAUUAUAAAGUA